UGAGGUGAGCCGGAAGUUCCCGGCCCUCAUUCCCUGGGAUUCGGAACAAUACUCGUCGCGCAGGGAGGAGCCUCCCCUCCCCCGCCGCUUUCCUACAUUAGUUUCGCCCGUUUGCAGUCAGUCAUUCGCAGCCGCACAGACAGGGCGCAGCCAUGAGCGUCAAUACGGCCGAGAUCAACUUCAAGUGGGACCCGAAGUCCCUGGAGAUCCGCACGCUGGCCGUGGAGCGACUGCUGGAGCCGCUGGUCACUCAGGUCACCACCCUGGUCAACACCAGCAACAAAGGCCCCUCCGCCAAGAAGAAGGGCCGCUCCAAGAAAGCCAAAGUGCUGGCCGCCUCCGUGGAGCAAGCGACGCAGAACUUCCUGCAGAGCGGCGACAAGAUCGCCCGAGAAAGCCAGUUCCUACGGGAAGAGUUGGCGGCGGCGGUGGAGGAUGUCCGCACUCAGGGCGAGCAGAUGAGGUCAGCCUCCGGGGACUUCGCUGAUGACCCCUGCUCCUCGGUGAAGAGGGGGAAUGUCGUCCGAGCCGCCCGCACCCUGCUGUCCGCGGUCACCCGGCUGCUCAUCCUGGCAGACAUGGCCGAUGUGUACAAGCUGCUGGUGCAGCUGAAGGUGGUGGAGGAGGGCAUCCUCAAGCUGAGGAAUGCGGGCACCGAGCAGGACCUGGGCAUCCAGUACAAAGCCCUGAAGGCAGAGGUGGACAAGCUGCAAGCCAUGACUGCAAAGCGCCAGCAGGAGCUCAAGGAUAGUGGGCACCGGGACCAGAUGGCAGCAGCCAGGGGCAUCCUGCAGAAGAACCUACCCAUCCUCUACACUGCCACCCAGGCCUGUCUCCAGCACCCAGAUGUAGCUGCCUACAGAGCUAACCGAGACCUGGUCUAUAAGCAGCUCCAGCAAGCAGUGACUGGCAUCUCCAACGCAGCCCAAGCCACCACCUCAGAGGAGACCACUGCCCAGCAUGGAGGUGAGCUUGCCGUUGCCUUAAAUAACUUUGACAAACAGAUUGUUAUGGACCCCCAGGGAUUCAGCGAGGAGCGUUUCAGGCCAACUCUAGAGGAACGCCUGGAGAGCAUCAUCAGUGGCGCUGCCCUAAUGGCUGAUUCUGCUUGCACCCGUGAUGACCGCCGAGAGCGGAUUGUGGCCGAAUGUAAUUCGGUGAGACAAGCUCUGCAAGACCUCCUCACAGAGUACAUGGGAAAUGCCGGGCGUAAAGAAAGGAGUGAUGCCCUCAAUAUCGCCAUAGACCGGAUGACCAAAAAGACCAGAGACUUGCGCAGGCAGCUACGUAAAGCAGUUAUGGAUCACGUUUCUGACUCCUUUCUUGAAACCAACGUGCCUCUUCUGGUCUUAAUCGAGGCUGCCAAGAACGGGAAUGAGAAAGAAGUCAAAGAGUACGCCCAGGUAUUCCGUGAACAUGCAACCAAAUUGAUUGAAGUGGCCAACUUGGCUUGCUCCAUAUCCAACAAUGAAGAUGGGGUUAAAAUUGUCCGAAUGUCUGCCAACCAGCUUGAAGCACUCUGCCCUCAGGUUAUCAAUGCAGCCUUGGCGCUGGCAGCUAAACCUCAUAGUAAAGUGGCCAUGGACAAUAUGGACAUCUUCAAGGAACAGUGGGAGAAGCAAGUGUGUAUCCUGACCGAUGCUGUUGAUGACAUCACUUCCAUUGAUGACUUCUUGGCAGUCUCCGAGAACCACAUAUUAGAAGAUGUCAACAAGUGUGUCAUUGCCCUCCAGGAAAGGGAUGUUGAUGGACUCGAUCGUACAGCUGGUGCAAUCCGUGGUCGUGCUGCAAGAGUCAUCCAUGUUGUCACUGCUGAAAUGGAAAACUAUGAGGCUGGCAUCUACACUGAGAAGGUUGUUGAGGCCACCAAACUCUUGUCAGAUGUUGUUAUGCCACGUUUUGCAGAGCAAGUAGAAGCUGCAGCCAGUGCUCUUACUGGAGACUCCAACCUACCAGUAGAUGAGAAUGAAUUCAUUGAUGCCUCCAGACUGGUGUAUGAUGGCAUCCGUGACAUCCGCAAAGCCGUGCUUAUGAUAAGAACACCCGAAGAACUGGAUGAUUCUGACUUUGAAACUGAGGACUUUGAUGUAAGGAGUCGUACCAGUAUCCAGACUGAAGAUGAUCAGCUCAUUGCUGGGCAGAGUGCCAGAGCCAUCAUGGCCCAGCUUCCACAGGAGCAAAAAGCUAAAAUUGCUGAGCAGGUGGCAAGUUUCCAGGAAGAAAAGAGCAAGUUGGAUGCAGAGGUAUCCAAAUGGGAUGACAAUGGCAAUGACAUUAUUGUCCUGGCCAAGCAGAUGUGCAUGAUCAUGAUGGAGAUGACUGACUUUACAAGGGGCAAAGGACCCCUCAAAAAUGCUUCUGAUGUCAUUGGGGCAGCCAAGAAAAUUGCAGAGGCUGGUUCACGGAUGGAUAAAUUGGGCCGGACCAUUGCUGACCACUGCCCUGACUCUGCCUGCAAACAGGACCUUCUGGCCUAUCUCCAACGCAUUGCCUUAUACUGCCAUCAGUUAAAUAUUUGCAGCAAGGUCAAAGCCGAAGUACAGAAUCUUGGUGGCGAGUUGGUUGUCUCCGGAGCUGACAGCGCCAUGUCCCUCAUACAAGCUGCCAAGAAUCUGAUGAAUGCUGUAGUGCAAACGGUGAAAGCAUCUUACGUGGCCUCCACCAAAUAUCAGAAAUCCCAAGGCAUGGCUUCUCUUAACCUACCUGCAGUGUCUUGGAAAAUGAAAGCCCCUGAGAAGAAGCCCCUUGUCAAGAGAGAGAAGCCUGAUGAGACCCAAACUAAGAUCAAGCGAGCAUCCCAGAAGAAGCAUGUCAACCCAGUGCAGGCUCUUAGUGAGUUUAAAGCCAUGGAGAGCAUCUAAACGGACCUCUAUGGACACUUGCAGAUUAUUCCCACUGCCCAUCAUUCUCUAUUGUCCCAAUUUCAGCCCCGUCUCUUUCCAGAUUAUCAAAGUUUUCUAACGACUAAUAGAAAUAUUUAAAGGGAGGGUCCAUAUAAAAUACCCUAUUGCCGCUUCUAACUUGAAAACCUAUACAGAUUCCUAUGUCUUGAUUGAUUUAGGGGUUAUUAUGAGCACCCCUUCAAAACCGCCUGCAGCAUAAUAACCCCACCCCAAGUAAAUGCAAUUAUUGGUAAGAUUUUUGUUGGGUUAAGGCUAUCAAAGGGGUUGUCCGGGUUCAGAGCCCGGACAUACCCAUAAUUUCACCCCGGCAGCCCCCCUGACUUGAGCGUCGGAGCAGUUUAUGCUCCGAUGCUCUUUUUUGCCCUGCGCUAAAUAGCG